UGCAUCAUAAUUAUCGCUUGAGCGGUUGAUUCGCCGACGCAUCGGGGUGGUGCUUAUUCCACUCCGAAACGACGUUUUCGUUUGUGAUAUUUUACACUGAUUAUUAUAUAGCCUUUGAAAUCAACUGAUUCAUAAAUUGUGGUUGAUUCAACUGUGUGUGUUGACCGUACCACCCUCAACACAGAGCCCCGCAUCAGUAGAGUAGUACGCAGAUAACCGUUUAGCGGCGUUUCGCGUUCAGUCAUUUGAUGAUUCCAUUCGAGUACGGUUCGACCAAAUCACACGCGAGAGAUGGAUUGUCUCAAGGCAACCUUGAUGCCCGUUGCCAUCUGGGCUCUGAGUCUGUUCUAUUCUGUCCAGGUGCUGUUCUACAUUGCGGUGCAGUUCUUCCGCAAGCCACAUUCGCAGUUCUGGGUCGUCAAGAAGCGGCCAUAUCCGCCGCAAUGUCUCCAAAAGCACGACUACGGAGUCAACAAGCUGAUCACAGUCAAUGGCGUCAAACUGCACUACGUGGAGAAUGGCGAUCCAAGUAAGCCGCUGAUGGUGUUCGUACAUGGAUUCCCCGAAUUUUGGUUCUCAUGGCGAUAUCAGCUGAAGGAAUUCGCCAAAGACUACUGGGUGGUUGCUGUGGACAUGAGAGGCUAUGGGGAAUCGGAUAAGCCGAAAGAUCUAAGUGCCUAUGAAGUGCCCGAGAUGGUUAAGGAUAUAAAAGAGCUUGUAACGGCAUUGGGACGUAAAAAGUUCACCCUGGUGGCUCACGAUUGGGGUGCAGUGAUUUGUUGGGACUUCCUUGCGCAACACAUGGACAUGCUGGAUAAGUACAUCUUCAUGGAUGCACCAUCGCGGAGUGUUGCCCACAAACUGAUGAUGAGCACCAAAGAGCAGUUCAAAAUGUCCUGGUACAUUUUCUUCUUCAAAAUGCCAAAGCUGCCGGAAUUUUUCGUGCGAUUGAACGACCUGAAGAUGUUUGAGGCUUCGUUUGGCAAAUGCUGCACAACGGAAGAGGUGGAAGCUUUCAAAUAUACGUUCGCCAAAAAAGGAGCUCUCACUCCACCCAUCAACUACUACCGAGCUAACUUCACUGUCAAUGCCAAAAGGAACGUUCGUCCACCGAAGGACAUUCCCCACGUACCGGGAUUGUAUUUACUGGGGGAGGACGACCGCUUCAUAUCGAAAGCUACCGGUCCUCUGCUGCAGAAGCAGUUUAACAAUCUAGAGUUUAAGAUCGUCGGAGGUGCCGGCCAUUUCGUACAGCAGGAUAAACCGGACCUGGUUAAUAAGAUAAUGCGAGAGUUUUUGUCGAAAAAAUAAAUCCCGAUGUGACGACUACGGAA